CUACGUACACAAAUUUUACUUUUUGUGGCAUUCUCUCUUUUGGUUUUGUACCUAAGUAAACAAAUGUGGUUUACAAUGUUGUUCAUCUUCCCCUUUAGAUCCCACAUAUGUUAUCGCGCCCGUACUCAAAUCGCGUUCCGGUCGUGAAGAUUUCAAAAAGCUCUUUGCAGCGUGGUACGAGAGGCGGCAAAUGAAGAAGAUAUACUCUCCCUUGCUAGAGGCAUUCUUAGGACUCUACCUUGGAUUUGAAUGGAUACAGACAAACAACAUUCUUGCACCGAUAAUUACGCACGGGAUAUACUCCGCUGUCGUGUUGGGACACGGAUUGUGGAAGAUCGACGAUCAUCGGAGAAGGCUACGCCAGAGGAUCCGACAACUCAAACACGAAGAAGGAGGAGGGGGGAAUCAAUGAUUCAACAUUUUUGGAGGGCCUUUUGACAAUUUUGUAAUUAAGUAAGAGACUGUUCCAAUUGGGGUUGCAAAUAGCAUUUUAUGUAUUUGUGUCUCUAUGUGUGUGUAAAUAUAUAUCUUUGAAGGUGUAACUUUGCACAAUGGAAAAACAUAACCAAUGAAAAUAUUGUACCUGGGAACAUAUAUAUAUCAAAUAAUAAUAGUAAUUGUGAAAUUUAGAGUAAAACUGAUCUGGUUUU